CGCAGUGCGGGCGGGCGCGCGCGGGGCGCGGGGCCGCGGUUUAAAGGGGCCGCGGCGCGGGGAGCCCGGAACCCCCAAAAACCCCCCAAAAAACCCCAAAAAACCCACUCGGGACCCUCCCCCGGCCCCGCCAUGGUCUGCGGCGGCUUCGCCUGCUCGCGCAACGCGCUCUGCGCCCUCAACGUGGUUUAUGUGCUGGUCGGGGUGCUGCUGGUGGCCGUGGCGGGCUGGGCGCGGGCUCUGGGGGUGGGUUCGAGCCCCCCCCUGCUCGGAGGAGCCUUCGCCGUCGGGAUCUUCCUCCUCCUCAUCGCGGCGCUGGGGCUGCUCGGGGCGCUGCGGCACCACCAGGUGCUGCUCUUCUUCUACGUGCUGAUCCUGGGGCUGCUGUUCCUCUGCCAGUUUGGGGUUUCCUGCACCUGCCUCGCCCUGGGCCGGGGGGCUCAGGUGGGUCACGGACCCCAAAUGCACCCUAAAUACCCUAAAUUAACCCUAAACACCCUAAAUUAACCCUAAACACCUCCAGGACCCCAUAAACACCUCUGGGACCCCAUAAACAUCCCCUAAACAGUCUCGGGAUCCCCUA